UUCCUGUAAUUUCAUCAAAGUUCUCAACUUUUUUGCAAAUGGGUUUCUUGGAAUCUCUCCUCAGCUGGCUUCGCAGCAUAUUCUUCAAGCAGGAGAUGGAGCUUUCCCUUGUAGGGUUACAGAAUGCAGGGAAGACAGCUCUUGUGAAUUCAAUUGCUACAGGUGGUUACACUGAGGACAUGAUUCCAACUAUUGGGUUUAACAUGCGAAAAGUGACAAAGGGGAAGGUGAAAAUCAAACUAUGGGACCUAGGAGGUCAGAGCAGGUUCCGGACCAUGUGGGAGCGCUACUGUCGUGGCGUAUCUGCGAUACUAUAUGUGGUUGAUGCUGCAGAUAGGGACAGUGUUCCUAUAUCGAAAACCGAGCUGCAUGAGCUCUUGGCUAAGCCAUCUCUGGGUGGAAUUCCUCUGCUAGUUCUGGGGAACAAGAUUGACAAAUCUGAAGCUCUUUCAAAGCAGGCAUUGGUUGAUCAAAUGAACCUUAAUUCUAUCAAGGAUAGAGAGGUUUGCUGCUACAUGAUCUCUUGUAAGGAGUUUGUAAACAUAGACUCAGUUAUUGAUUGGCUUCUGAAGCACUCCAAGUCUGCAAAAUGAUUAAUAAGCUUUAAUUUUGGCUUUUCUUGUGGAAUUAUUCAUCUUGUAAUGAUAGUAUUCAUGGUUAAUAAUCUUGUGGACAUAAAAUGGUCAUGUAAUUGAAAUAAGAACGGAUUGUUUGUGGGCCCUAUCGCGUAUCAGUAGCGUGUUC